CACGAACACAUAUCGGUGUGUUGGUCAAGACACGCACACGAACACACCACGCCUAUCUAUCGACUGUGCCCGUCGCGUCGUUCACCAGCCAGCUCCAAUUGUCUUUGUACACAAAAAGAAAACGAAGCGCUCAGCAGUCGCUUGCUCGGCUGCACAUGUGAGUAACCUACCCUUACCCCUCCACAUCCGUAGACACGCACCCCGUCCCACCCCCCCACCCCGCCCCCUCCAGCAGUCAGUUCUUGGACAGCUGAUCGAUCGUCUUCGGCGGUGGCGGCGACACAUUCGUGGGCACCACAUACCUCGCCAGCGGCCUCAGGUCCUUGUAGCACCCCCUCACGGUGCCCUCAGACGUCUUGGCCACACUCGCGAUCUCAGACACGGGUAUGGUCGUCCUGGUGUCGACAUCAUACAGCUGCAGCGCCAUGUACAGACACGCCGACGCGAGAGACGACGGGCGGUAGCCCUUGGUGACCUGCUCAGACGCCCGCACGCAGAUGUCGGCGGCCAACAUCUCCACCUGUGUCUGCUUGGCGCGUCCGAGGCCGCCCAGCAGCUGGCCGGCGUAGCGCUUGACGAGGUGGGCUGGGGUGUCGGCUGUGGUCCCGCCGUAGUUGGCGAGGGCGCCAUCGCUGGAGCCGGCCUUGGCAACCGUGAUGGCCUUCUUGAGUCGGUUGACGGUGCGGCCAAGCUCGGCCACAGUGACGUUGGGGUAAGGCUCCACGAGCUCCUUGAGAGUGCGGGUGGUGCCGGCCUCCCGACACGCCAGGUAGACGACGGCGAGCAUCUCCUUCCACCCCGACUUGCCCUUGAGCUGGUCCGACUCGAGCAACACGGCUGCAAUCUCCUUGCACCGCUCCAUGAUGACGUCCUUGAGGUUGAAAUCACCCUUGAUCUUGCUCAGGUUGCCGAACGCCGUCUUGAGCAGCCGGUCCCUUCCCUGCAUGCUCGUGGCGGCCUCGUGAGUCCUCAUGAGCGCCCUGUCGCCUCCGAUCAUGGCCGUGCCGCCCGCACUGCCGUCGAACCACUCGUCCGUCUUGUCGCCAACACGGUUGCGGUCCUGUCCCGUGUCGCCCUUGUCGCUGUUGCUGAAUGUCCGCCACUCCUGCUCCUCGCUGAUGAUGCGCGACUGCAGCACCAGACCGCACCGCCCGCACAGCUCGUUGCCCUGCUGGUGGUCCGUAAUGAUGGCUGCAGCGGACCGGCAAGUCGGACAGUACGCCUGGCCGCCUAUCAGAUUGGAACGUGCGCUCCCUACAGCAGACAUCUCUUCCUCUUCCUCGUCCCCUCGUCCUCUGGCCCUCUCAGCACUAGCGUUCGCCCGCGCGUUGCGCGGGCUUCCUGAGACCCGCUUCUUAGGUGGUUUAACGAAACACCUAUCCCUAAGCCCGACGCUACACUGUCCACAGGACACAGGCAGCAUGCACUCAAACAAACCAUUGCACAAGGCGCUUCCUUCAAACCCGCGACCCCCCGCUGCUGACCCGUGGCUUCGGUCAGUAGGCGUGGCAUAAAGCGACUCGCCGCCCUCAUCACCCAUGAAGAAGGGCAUGUGAACUUCAAGGACAGUCAUGACCUUACCCUGACCACCGUAACACUCUCCCGCAU